UCAUGAGGUGAUUGACGAUAAUAAUAAUCAUAACACGAGUAGUACCUAGGUAAUAAUAAUAAUCUUCUUGAACAUCACCACUUUCUUUUGAAAAUACAUUUCUCUUGUUUUUCUUACACAUUACUCGAUACCACAUGCGAUUGACUUCGAGCCUUCUUUUUCGUCCUACACUCCUUAAAAUGGCCCUCUACAAUUCGCCCUCUACUUCUAAACUUAUCUGCAAGUCCUAUUCUACCUGAUAUAAACUCCCUUCCCCAACUCUAUUCUACACAUAUCUAAUCAACAGUCAUCUUACAGUCGCGCCCGCCAAUGAGAAAAACAAUGCCCAAGCAGAUCAAUUUGUAAAAGGCGCACUCGAUCGCAAAGAUCUUGAUUCCAAUCCUCUCACGCAGUUUCACUCUUGGUUCUCGCACGCUCAAACCAAUGGUGUUUACCAUCCCGAAACCGUUUGUCUAUCAACCGCCAGUUUACCUUCUGGCCGCGUAUCUGCGCGCAUGGUAUACCUUAAAGAAUUAGAUGCGACAGGUGGGUUCGUUAUAUAUAGUAACUGGGGCACGAGUAAAAAGGCGAAAGAUAUUGCGUCAAAUAAAUGGGCGAGUCUUACGUUUUGGUGGCAGGAGUUAGAGAGACAGGUUAGAGUCGAGGGGAAAGUGGAGAGGCUAUCUGAUGAGGAAAGUCAGGUCUAUUAUGAUAUGAGGGCGAGAGGGAGUAGGAUUGGGGCAUGGGCUAGUCCGCAGAGUCAAGUAUUGAACGGGAGAGAAGAGUUGCAGGAGAGGGUCAAAGAGGUCGAGAAGAGAUUUGACGGUCAAGAAAAGAUACCAGUGCCGGAAUUUUGGGGAGGUUUAAGAAUUAUACCAGAGAUGGUGGAAUUUUGGCAAGGGAGAGAUAGUCGAUUACAUGAUCGAUUUCAAUAUGAGAAGAAAGAAGAUGGGGAGUGGGAUAUUCAAAGGUUGAGUCCGUGAACAAGGAGGAAAGACAAGAUGUGUAAGAAUCGAGAUUUGGAUCAACUCAACUCAACUCUAUUCAACUCAAAUGUUGAGGCUUUUCACGCUGAGUAUAGAGAAUUUCCCCAUGAUUUAUAAUGACCGUGUAGGUUUCACAUACAUACUUAGGUAGGCAUUUAUUGUU